AUGCACUCUGUCACUCGCUUAGAUAAUACAGAUUUUGAAGGGUACAAUCUUAAAAAUACUGAAAUCAAAAUACCAACGCCUUUCGUCUUCAAAAUGGCGAAGAUAUGAUGAUCGAUGCACUCGAUUGUUGUCUUAAGACUUCAUAACUGGCACAUUGAUUAUUACUAUAAUGACUGUUUGAAGAAAUGCAAACCAACAACAGACCUAACAAUAAGUCAUCGGCAAACCUUUUUGAUGUUAAUGAUUGGAAGUGUUCAUGGAUAG